AUGGCCUUGCUGCAAGAGAUUCCAGCUGCAAAGCAGAUUGUAUUGCGAACAGCUCAGAAGGGCUACAGCAUGUUGGUGCGGCUGGUUCUCACUGGAUUGGCGCAUUGGAAACGCUGGAAUUGCACAGGCAGAUGGGUUCUCAGCAAAGCAAAGCAGCUCCGGGUCAUAGUGCUGUACUGGAUGCUUGUGUCAAGGUGCCACUUCAGGGCCAGUCAGUGGCAGAGGGCCCUUGCGCUGCUGCCUUCAGCAGUGCCUUCAGCAGAUCCUCGAUCCCUGGCUGCCAUUGCACGUGCCUGUGGCCGAGGACGGCAGUGGCAAUUGGCGCUAUGUCUGCUGCCUGCAGCUUCAAAACAAGUUGAUCUCUCUCAGCAAGAUGGAUCUGUCUUGCUGGUCAGCGUACUUGGAGCAUUGGCUCGAUCUGUUCAAUGGGAGCAUGCUUGUAGCCUGCUAUUUGCAGCUGACUUAGCCAUCAAGCGCAGUGCAAGUGCGGUGAGCGCGGCAACAUCCGCAUGCGCAGAGGCUUCUAGAUGGGAGCAAGCGCUUGCAGUGCUUUUCCGCAGUCAUCAAAUCCGAGUUGUGCCAGAUCAAAUGGAUAGGAUCAACUACAACUCCGCGCUGGCUGCUUGUGCUCGCGGAUCACGUUGGCAUCAUGCACUGCAGCUGCUAGUUUCCAUGAGCAAAAGUGGUGCAGGUGAAGAUAUUCGGCCAGACGUUGUGAGCUUCAGCAUUGCCAUCACUGCGUGUGAAAAAGGAGGUCGGGCGCAGGAGGCCAUGCACCUCGUCCAACAGAUGCGGAAUUCGUCGAUGACUUUGGAUGCAGUUGCCUUCAGCGCUAUGAUCAGUGCCUGUGAAAAGUCAUCAAGAUGGAGCGAUGCCUUGCACAUUUUGGCUGAAGCUGUUCAAAGUCAAGAAGCUGAUUCUGUCAGUUUCAGUGCGGCGAUGAGUGCCUGCGAAAAGGGAAGCUGCUGGUACUUCGCCCUUGAGUUGCUAUCACAGAUGCACAAGCACAAACAUCGGCCAACCUUUGUUCAAUAUGGCUCCCUGCUGGCCAGUUGCAGAUUGGGAGCUGCUUGGCAGCAGGCUAUGAUGGUCCUCAAAUUAGCAUCCACAAGUCUUGAUGCUGUGUGUUUGACCCAUGUGCUCUACACUUUGGAAGCUGCUGGACACUGGGCCGGAACGCUGCCUGUUCUAUGGAGCAUCCGGCACCAGCUUAGACCACAGAUGGAAUUUGCAAGCAGAGCUACAGAUCCUGCUGCAGGACGAGCCUAUGCAGCCUCGACAGGUUCACUGGAAGUUUGCGAAAGCUAUGGCUAUGGCUAUCGCAGCCUCCAGCUGGGGAUUCUGCGUGCCAGAGUUCGACUUGCUGCACUUCAAGAACUGCGGCUGUGCCAGGGCUGGCAAUGUGGCAAGGUAAAUAGUUCGGUGCUUGAGUCUCUCUGUGACCUCGGCCGACCGUGUACUCAAGACACGUUGGAACAGCUCUGUUUCAGCCGGGAUGUGACGGAUGUGACAUGGCACUGCACCGCCAGUACCAGCCUUGCAAGGCAACUUAGUGAAGUCCGCUUUGCUUCACCUUUUCAGGCAGCUGCCAAUAGACUUGGCGUUUGGACCUGUGUACAGCUCGAUCGUGACUUGCCAGACUUAAACGGGGUGGAAGUGACAGGCGACAUGCGAAGUCGGUUCAAGGUAGUCUGUUGUACCUUGAUGAUCCUUGAUACGAUCCCUGAUGAUCCUGGAUGUGCAAUGAAUAUCACAUGGAGAAAGGAAGCAAAUGCACCUUCAAAGCAAUAUUUUGAGGCCUUGAACGGAGCAGUCCUUGACAAGGACUGCACUGACAUCAUCAAGCAGGCCAUAAGUCCAGUCGAUGCCAUCGUCCAAAUGGAUCGUGCCAGUAGUUCUACACCUGUGAACAAGGAGUGCCAGACAUUUCACUGUCGUGUCCUGCAAAAUGCGUUGUAUUUGAAUUCGGACAUGCAGAACAAGGGCGACAACUGCACCAAUACGUGGGGAACAAAGAGUUCGGACACCGCGCUGUCGUGUCCUUGCUCUUCCCUCUUGACGGAGGUCAACUCCCAGGCAGAGACAGCGAUCAAAAAUAUUUGUGGUGAACGAGUACUGACAACUGGUUGCUCCUACUUCGCAACAACGCCCAGCUUUUGCAACAGCAGUUCAGGCGGACGGCGGCUUGAUUUUGUGCAAGAGGAUGAAGCACCUUGCCAGACUCCCUCCUCUGUGCUUCCUGACGUUCGUAGCGUUUUUGCACAGCAGGUUGGACUCAGCGAUGCUCCAGCAAGAUCACUCCAGUCAACUUCUUCUACGGCUCCAGCGUGGACAGUUGGUCAGUGGUCCACCUGCCAGUGCUACGACCAGUGUAUGCCCGGAGUACGUACACGAGUGGUUGCUUGCGGAGCUACUCAAUGCAGGGGCACUCAACCAGCGACUCAAGAAGCAUGUACGUGUUAUCACUGUGCAGAAUGCGACGCUCAAGAUGUCAUGACUGUUCUCAUGUUCAUUCAAUACACCCAGGCUGGUAUUGCGCUCCUACUUUGCCCAAUGAUUGGGUACUUUGGAAGCCUUCCCGAGGAGAGUUUGAUCAAGAUCGGUAUUUUGAAGAAGUUGGCGGGCUUCUUUUGCAAGAUUUUCCCAGCGCUGGAGACCUUGGGUGACUUUGCAGUUUUACUCAUAUUGCUGUGGAUCAUGAUUGUGACCUUUCUGCCUCCGCUCUUCAACUUGGAGUGGAUGGAGGACUGUUUCAUCCAGCCUGUUCUUCGGGCUUCUUCAUUGAUCCUAAUUGCUUGCUGGUUGGCACGUCUGGCUCUGGGGCACUGCGCCAAAAGGUACACUCGCGUGGCUCCGCAAUUGUACUCCCCUUUCCGGUUGGUGACCAACAUGACCUUGGAGGAGAAGCUUUUGAUGCUCCAUGGUCCAGUUGGUGGUGCUGCCCAGUGCUCUGAGAGCCCCAGAUGUGCUUAUGUGGGAAACGUGGCGCCUGUCCAGCGCUUGGGCAUACCACCUAUCAACAUGAAUGAUGGGCCCCAGGGCUUCAGAACCACUGAUGCCCUCAAGGGCACCAGCACGGCAUGGCCCUCUGGUUUGACACUCGCAGCAUCUUGGGAUGAAGCUGCUGCACUGGAGUGGGGUGCUGGGAUGGGCAAGGAGUUCUAUGACAAGGGAUCCAAUGUUCAACUUGGACCUGGCCUCAACGUGGCCCGGGUGCCAACAAAUGGCCGCAACUUCGAAUACUUGUCAGGUGAAGAUCCAUAUCUGGGAUAUCGCAUGGUUCAGCCAGUGGUCAAGGGUAUUCAAUCCCAAAAGGUUUUGGCAAAUGCAAAGCAUUUCAUUUUGAACAAUCAGGAGACCAAUCGGCUUGCUGUGAGCUCGGAGAUUGAUGAACGAACACGCUUUGAGAUGUACUAUCCACCUUUUGAAGGUGCUAUUGAGGCUGGUGUUGCCUCUGUCAUGUGCAGUUACAACAAGAUCAACAAUGCAUGGAGCUGCGAAAAUCCCACGACUCUUGGGGAGCUGAAACGCAUGGGAUUUCAAGGCUUUGUCAUGUCUGACUGGGGUGCCACACAUUCCAUGUCCAUUGCCUCUGGUUUGGACAUAGAACAGCCUGGACAAGAUUGGAUGAAUGAAAUCUUUCUGAAAGCUGGACUUGCAUCGGGUGCAGUCGAGGAGAGUGCCGUUGAUGAUGCCGUGACGCGCAUUUUGGCCAGGCUUUUUUCUGUAGGAGUCAUGGAUGAACCAGCCAGUGCUUGGGACUGGGGAAAGCUGUCCCGAAAUGUCACCACGGAUGCCUCUGUAGCCUCAGCGCGGAAGCUGGCGGCUCUGGGCACUGUGUUGCUGCGCAAUGAAGGGAAUCUUCUACCUUUGGUCAAGUCGAAGAAGAUUGCUGUCAUUGGACUGGCAGAUUCCAAGGCCAUCUACCAUGCUGGUGGCUCCGGCAGCGUGGAGCCAUCCUUUGUGUCAACUCCGUUGCAAGGCAUUUCGCAGGCGGCCAAAGCCUUAGGGGCCACUGUGGUGUUUGAUGAUGGUUUAUGCCCAGAGAAGGCAGCAGCUAUUGCUCAGCAGAGUGAUGUGACUGUUGUCUUUCUGGGCACGCUUUCAUCAGAAGGCAGAGAUCGCGGAUCGUUGUCCUUGGAUGUGGGUAUCGAUUGGACGUACCAAAAUGAGUUGGUGGAUGCCAUCGUGGCCAAAACCAGCGAGACCGUAGUGGUUGUCACCACUCCUGGAGCGGUGCUUCUCCCUUGGUCCCAGAAGGUCAAAGCCAUCCUCACCAACUUCAUGCCUGGCCAGCAAGCUGGGAAUGCCGUGGCAGAUGUCCUGUUUGGCCAUGUCAAUCCAUCAGGGAAGUUGCCGCUGACAUUCCCGAACCGUGACAAUGAGAUGAAUUUUUCACAGGCACAGUAUCCCGGACUGCCUGAUCCGAAGAAUCCUGCCUACGCCUUUUACACGGAAAAACUUCUGGUGGGAUACCGCUACUAUGAGAAGCACAACAUCAGCUUCACAACAGGUUUCCCCUUUGGACAUGGCCUUUCAUACACACGCUUUCAGUACUCUGAUCUUGUCAUUCGCCCUAAAUCUAAGGGGAUGGAUGUCAGCUUCCGGCUCAUCAAUUCUGGAAGCAUAUCUGGUGCAGAGGUUGCUCAGCUCUACAUCAUAUUCCCUUCUCAGGAGCCGCAACAGUUGAAGGGCUUUCACAAGACUUCCGUGUUGAAACCAGGUGAAGCGGAAAAGGUCACCAUGCACCUCCGUCCCCGAGACCUCUCCAUGUGGGACACCGCUCUGCACGACUGGAAACCAGUUGUUGGUAGAUUCCAGCUGAAGAUUGGCUCUUCUUCGCGAGACAUCCGGCUGACAGGUGGCUUUGUCAAAAGUGCAGAGAUUUUGGUGUAGGUCUGCGCACUUGUGCCGUCACAGCCCAAUGAGGCUUCAUCAUGGC